GUUUUUCUUAAUAUAUCUUCUAUUAGUUCCCAGGUUAUUCAGAGGGAAAUGGUAUUAAUGCCUCGGAUAUUAAGAAAUUAGAAACAGCUGGCUUUCAUACUGUAGAAGCAGUUGCAUUUGCACCAAAAAAGCAACUGAUCAGCAUAAAGAGAAUCAGCGAAGUAAAGGCGGAUAAAAUAUUGAUGGAGGCCAUGAAAAUGGUUCCGAUGGGAUUUACGACAGCCACAGAAUUGGAACAGAAAAGAUCAGAAAUUAUUCAAAUCACUACAGGAUCUAAAGAAUUAGAUAAGUUAUUAGGAGGUGGCAUCGAAGAUGGUUUCAUAACAGAAAUAUUUGGUGAAUUUUGGACAGGAAAAACUCAAUUGUGUCACACACUUGUGGUUACUUGUCAGUUGCCCAUAGACCAUAGUGGUGGGGAAGGAAAAUGUCUGUACAUAGACAUGGGAGGAACUUUUUGACCGGAGCGUUUGCUAGCCAUGGCCAACAGGUAUGGAUUAUCUGGUGGGGACAUUUUGGACAACGUUGCCUACGUGCGUGCCUACAACAGUGAUCAUCAGAGUCAGUUACUUCUACAGGCUUCUGCUAUGAUGGUGGAAUCUAGAUACGCACUACUAAUAGUCGACAGUGCGACCGCUCUGUACAGAACGGACUAUUCCGGAAGAGGAGAACUGUCGGCACGACAGAUGCACCUGGCAAGAUUUAUGCGGAUGUUGCUUCACUUGGCCGACGUGGUGAGUCAAUAACCAAAAAUAAUUUAUUUUCGUAAACUUCUUUUUAUUAAAUUCUUUCUGAUCAUGCAGAGGUUCGAGGUACAAAAUGCUUACCAAUCUUUGAACAUGAAUAUAUUUGAGUUAAAUACUGCUACAUAAAAAUACAACCCCACUCACAAUGAACUUUGUUCAUCAGUUAAACUUUCAAACAUUUACAUACAUAUUAAACAGGGUACUGUAAAUAAAUAAAUUCAUUCCAGACUAAAUAAACUAUCUGUUUCCUUUCCCUCUGCUCUGAAAGUGACGUUGACACAUUAAAUAAGCUAAUCGGUGAUGCAAUGCAUCACCGAUUAGCUUAUUUAAUGUGUCUUUCAGGUAGUAUUAGUUAAUUAAAAGAGCAAGUUUCUGAGCAGGUUGGUUGAUGAUCUACCCAAAGGAAAAAAGUUUUUCUCAAACUGUGAUUAGACAGGCACUCAUGGACGAUAGCAGACAUCCUUAGCUGACUUGGUUUGAUAAGUCUUUGCAUUCAGUUGUAUCUUCACUGUCACCCUUUGUGUUCAAC